AUGAGUUCUCUUGCGAAACUCGGCCUCGGGCUGUCCCUGGUAACGAAACCUAUUCCGAGCGGCACACGAGGUAUACACAUAUCCACGAGACCGCAGCGACUUUGGUCUCUGCCUAGGAUACCGAGGCGAUCCGUUCCCGUCUACCCGCGCAUAUCACAGCAACCAGCCCGAACGUUCUUCCACACGGCGCGACAGCAAUGGCAACGACACGACCCCAACGAGGCGCUCCGGAACGCAAAGCCGCUCUUUACGAAUAGCGGGAUGCGGAGAGUCGCGCGCUCGCCCUCGACGCACACGGUGAUUGUGGUGGCCAUGCUCGGCGCCGUGGCCUUUUACAUGUGGAACCUACAAACGGUCCCCGUGAGCGGACGGCGGCGGUUCAACUGCUACUCGCCAUCGACCGUCGAGGCCGUGUCGGGCGAACAAUACAAGCGCAUUAUCUACGACGUGGAGCGACAGGGCGGGCGCUUCCUGAGCGACUGGGACCCGCGCACGCAAAUGGUGAAGCGCGUCAUGCGGCGGCUCAUACCCGUCAGCGGCAUGGAGGACUCGGCGUGGGAGGUGCGCGUCAUUGACGACCCCAACCAAGCCAACGCCUUUGUGCUGCCCGGCGGCAAGGUCUUUGUCUUUAGCGGCAUCAUCCCCAUUGCGCGCACCGAGGACGGCCUGGCUGCCGUCCUGGGCCACGAGAUUGCGCACAACCUCGCCGAGCACAUUGGCGAGCGCAUGAGCGGGCAGAUUGGAGUCAAUAUCCUGCUGGGCAGCGUCGUGUUGCUGACGGCCCUGUGGGGUGGCGCUCUGCUGGGCACGCAGCUCUUUGGUGGCACGUUGCUAGACCUCCUCUUUUCCCGACCAAUGGGCCGCAGACAAGAGUCCGAGGCAGAUUAUAUUGGACUCAUGAUGAUGGCCGAAGCAUGUUAUGAUCCGGAAGCCGCCUUGACGUUUUGGCAGAGGAUGGAGGCGCACAGUCAAGGGUCGCCGCCAGAGUGGAUGAGCACACAUCCUUCUAAUAACAACAGAAUAGAAAAGAUCAAGGAAUGGCUUCCAAAAGCCAUGGAGAAGAGGUACGAGAGUGAUUGUCAGGGCACAGCCAAUUGGGCAGACAUGUUCAGGCAGGCAAUGAGUCAGGGCUACAGGCUGGAGUGA